ACUUCCGUUAGUUAUUAGUUCCCUUGUGCGUAGAGCUCUCUUCUAAAACUAUUACCAUUAUCAAACUCGCACCUACCGAAAUCGAAGUCACAUUAACGUUGUGUAGUCAGUAUCCCUCUUAUAAUUUACAAUGUCGAGAAAACUAGAAGAUGUUCAAAAGGAUGUUGAAGAGAUGGUAAUACUUACAGAGAAAGCUGAAAGACCAUAUGUAAAAAAUAUUCUUCAGAAAGAAUUGUUGAAACUACAAUCAGAACUUUCUGCCAUGAAAGCGAAAGCAUGUGCAAGUGAGAAAGCGGCUACAAAUACUCAAAGCCGUUGUGUCACUGUUGAAUUAAGUACCUAUGCUUGGGAUCAGUCUAAUAAAUACAUGAAAAUAUAUAUUGAUCUUAAAAAUAUUCAACAGUUAUCUAAAGAAAACAUAAAAUGUGAUUUUCAAGAAACAUCUUUGGAUUUAACUGUUUCAAAUCUUGAUAACAAAAAUUACCAUUUCAAAGUGAAGAAGUUGGCCGGCUCCAUCAUACCAUCAGACAGUUCCUUCAAGAUUAAGACUGAUUCCCUAGUGUUGAUGUUAAUGAAGAAGAAUCAGAUCACCUGGGAUCAUGUUUCAGAAGUUUCAUUAGAUAAAAAGAAAGAAAAAAUAAAGAAACCAACUCUUGAUGAUGACAAAGAUCCAAGUGAAGGCAUCAUGGACAUAUUAAAGAACAUAUAUGAUGAAGGUGAUGAUGAAAUGAAACGAACAAUAAGUAAAGCAUGGUACAAGUCCCGAAAUAAAGUAUCAGAACUUUAACCAGAAACAUCACAUUGGCGGCUACCUUGUGCAGAAUUUUUUUUUUUUUUUCUCCAUUAUUUUUUAAUGUCAUAUAUUCUUCCUGAAUGCCAGACAGCUCUUAAGCUAUCGGGUCUUUCUGACCAUUACAGAACAUUUGUACAAAUAUUAUUAAAGAUGAAUCAUUACUAAGGAAGAAUUUUGGAAAAAUUAUUUGCAAAAUAAAUCAAAUUUACGAUUGAAA